UUCCAUGAUAAAUUCAAAAUUAUGCUCCAUCUCCCUUAUCUAUCCCACUAGUUACAUUCCUGAUCGGUGAGACAGCUCAUGAGACUCGGGAGGUCGCUCGCGUGUUGUUUUGGCGGGAAAGUUGCGCGGCAGUCCCCUGUACGUCCGUUCACGAUCGUUUAGUUAGUUUGUGCAUACGUUAGUGCUUUGUAGAAGGUAGAGAGCGAACGAUUUUCGAAACCGAGUUGUCAUCAGAAGUCACAGUUGAACUACGAUUCCACUGUGAUUAUUUUAAUUCGAUUUAUAUUAAACUUAUCAGCUCGGUUUUGAGCCACUACUGAAUUUCACGUGAUAAUCAUUUGGUAAAGCAGCACUUCAAGCCUUCAUCAAAAUGUCUGGCUCCAUUGGUAAAUUAUAUAAACGUCCCUUUACUGUAUGCGUGGAGGGCAACAUAGGGAGUGGUAAAACAACGUUUUUAAGUCACUUCAAGAAAUAUGACAAUGUUACUGUAUUGGAAGAACCAGUUGAACUUUGGCGCGAUGUAUCUGGGACAAAUCUAUUGGAAUUAAUGUAUAGCGAACCAUCUCGUUUUGCUUUCCUGUUCCAAUCAUAUGUACAAUUGACUAUGCUCCAAUUACAUACUUGUAAAACACCUUCGCCAUACAAAAUAAUGGAGAGAUCUGUCUAUAGUGCAAUGUGCUUCGUAGAACAUUUAAAACGCAGAAAUGUACUGCGUAAUGUUGAAGUCACUAUUUUGGAAGAUUGGUAUGACUGGUGCUUGAAAAAUGCCAAUAUAGAAACUAAUUUAAUAGUAUACUUGAGAACGACGCCGGAGAUCGUAUAUGAAAGAAUGAAAAGACGAGGUCGGAAGGAAGAAAACGCUGUUUCCUUGGAGUAUCUAAAGCAAAUCCAUCAGAUCCAUGACGAUUGGCUUUAUCAUCAAACUUUGAAGCCAGUGCCGUCACCGGUAAUAACCAUAAACGGUGAUCGAGAACUUCAUGAAAUGGUAGAAGAAUUUGAUAAAUGUAAAAACGAAAUCUUCAGUAAGGUAAUAGACGAUAAUGACGUAAAUAAUACAAUAAUUACAGUAUCGACAAAUCGCGUGCUACCUGAAAUCAAAGCUGGUAUCUCAGAUUAA